AUGAUAUUAUUGUUAUAUAUUUUGAUUGCAUCUACUCAUUAAGCAGAGUACACAUUGACAAUCAAAAAAGGUGAUCAAUAUGAAACUCCCACAUUACCUGUUUAUUAAAAGAACUCAGAAAUCUCUCAAAUAAGAAUCAAGUUAGGUGUCACUGGAGCAACUUAUGUUGUUCCUCAUGAUGAAAACUAAUAGAGAUGCAUGAGUUCUUGGAAUAAAUUAUGGGGCUAUUCUAGAUGUUUUGGAUCACUCCAUCAUAAAGAUAGCGAUAGAUUUGUCUUCAGAAGAGCCCAAUCAUGUUUGAAAUAUAAUGAACAAGGAUUAUACGUAGUUCCAAAUUGCCAAGAAUAAGAUUUAGUAGAAAUUGCAGCCUACGCUUAUGACAAUAGUGUAGUUCCCUAUGAACAUCCUGAUCAACUGAUAAGAAUUUUCACUACAAAGAUUAGAACUGAAGUUUGGUAUUAAUAUCGAUUGAUCUUUUUGGCUGAUUCUACAAUUUAUGAAUUAUUGAAUGACAAUGGAGAUUUACUCGAAAGACAAUCAAUUAAACACAGAACUUGUUAUGCAUGGAAGAAUGGAUACAGACUCAACUUAUACUUUGGAGGUGUUUGUGAAGCCCCAGUAGAUGUAGUUGCUGAUCAUGUUGAAUAAUCAUGA